CUUUCAUGAAAGGAGUAUGGGUUAUACAAUCACGAAUACUAGUAUCCAGCGUGGAUAGACCUCCUCGCUUCUGCCUGCAAUCACAUAAUCAUGAUACAAGCCUUCAUAGAGAGCUCAAUGGGAAACGGUGCUGCGGUUGUCCAUCUGUCGCACUGGUUUUCUGAAAAAGAUGAGGCAGCGGGAAAGAGUGUCACUUCAGGCUGUUCCAUCGCGUGCGAGUCCCGAAAGGGAAUAGUGUGGCGGUCAUGGCAGACAUUCUUGUUCUUGUUCUUCCUCGUCCACUUUUUUUUCUCUCGUUCUUUCUCUUUUCGUUCUUUCUUUCUUUCUUUCAGUUUCCAUCCUCUCUUGCUUAGAAAUGCUACCAAGUAUUCCGCACCAUGGCUGAUACCCCCAUGUCUUCUCUCAUUACCAUGGGGACUACCCCGACAUCCCUCCUGCCGUCAUCAAAAUCCGGGGCAUCCCCGGACCCACCAGCGCUGCCCAAUCUACUACUAAUGGAAAAGAGUGACGGUGCCCUGCAGUGACCUGGGUGGUAAACAUAUUAUUGCGGGGAUGCGGGGGACGGCAUGAUGGGAUGUUACUCAUGCCUCCAUAAGCAGUGGGUCUCCAUGUGUUUUAUCCUCCCCUCCUUGUCCCUCUCCACAAUUUGCAGGGAUAGGAAAACCUGGUCGGAUGCACGCGGUGAUAUCACCCCUUCUUAGUGCUUCUCU